AUGGUGGUUGAUUACGAUCUCUUUCGUGAUCUAAUUAAUUGGGAAGACGGACAAUUGAUAUUUCUUGCAAAUUCGGGAAGUCUCCAGGAAUAUACACAACCUCAAACGAACAAAGGAAAUGAGCUACCAACUGGUUCUGACAACGUGAACAUCAGUGUUUCCGACAAUAAUCAUACGAACAGUAAUCUGGUGAACCAGGAUGAAUUUAAUAAGUCGAUUAAUUGGAACAGGAUUUUGUGCUUGCUUGCAAAAGUUGGCGUUGUUAUUUCGAGCGUUUUCCUCAUCAUCACCCUUAUUGUCAUCUGUGGGUUAAAAGAUUUGAGAGUCUUGGAUCGGUAUAGAUUUUUGCGCCACCAAGUCAUAGCUCUACUGUGUGUCAAUGUCUGUGUUGGUGUAAUGGAACUUCAUUUUAAAAAACAUACAAUAUGCAUUCUUCUCGCCCAAUGUCUGCACUACUGUCUCUCGGUUACUCAAUUUUGGAUGUUGGCGUUUUCAACAGACGUAUUCAUGAAAGUUAAACAUCCGCUUGCUGAUCACAACCGGCGUUUCUCAAACAGUCGAUACGUUUGUUGGAUAGCACCAGUCUUCAUCGUCGUGACAACUGCUUGUAUAGAGAGAGCACACCGUGGAUCUAUUAUGUGUUGGUUGGUUGAAAGCUCUCUUGCCUUCUGGGUUUUUAUUGUUCAAGUGUGUGUCACUCUAUCGGUUGUCCUCGUACAGACAGGAAUUGUUGGCUAUAUAACUUUCAAGAAAUGUAACUUGGCGAACCGAACAAAAAUGAAAACAUUUAAGCGAAUAAGAUCUUCGUGUUGUGGUUUAUUGCUCCUUACACCAGUGGUUGGUCUUACGUGGAUUCCUUGGCUCAUCCUUGCUGACUACGAUACGAUGAUUGUGUAUCACUCUUGUGCUACGUUUAACUGCCUGCAAGGAUUCUUCGUCUGGUUUUCACAGUGCGUCUGCAGUAACAAGGUUCGACAAGCACUGAAAAUAAGAUUCAGAGGCAAUGUCGUGUCACCUAUAAAACUGGACCAAUCACGACUUAACACGAUUACGUAACUCGGUAACGAAUAUUCUAAAACGCUCGUGUUGGCGAAUGCAAUGGCUAAUUAAUAUUGUUUUGCUAUUACUUCAGUAGUAUUAAACAUUUAACGUUAACAUGACACAUUGCAUGACUCAUCUAGAUACCAAUACAAUGAACUGUAGCAGAAUCGGGCGAUAGAAGCAGUAUUGUCAAAUUUACAUAGGGCUAACUAGGCCCCCAUUAUGGUAGUUUUGGCUAAUGCACAGUCUUGUAUUAUACUGUAUCGUUUCCAGUACUAUAUAAUUCCAAUCAUAAUGCUAAAAUUCUUAAUUGAAAUGCUUACCAUUAUGUAACUACAUAAAACAUGCCAAUUGUUAAUCAAUGUUAGGGGCCUAAGUCAUGAAUUGAGGCUCGAAUAGGGCUAAUUCUGGUACAGUUCGCCCUCCAAUUCGGAACCACCUUAGGAUCUGAAAAUGUGGAAUUCUCUCUAAUUAGAGGGGGUAACUUUGUGUUAAAAGAGGGAAGAGUGUUUUAGGUUCUUUGAAAAAAAAAAUAUAGUCUCGAAUUAAUGGGUUUCGGAAUAAAGGUACACUGCAUUUAUUUAGCCGUCUUUAUUAUGAUGUUAUAGGCUAGUACUUUUAGAUUUGUACAAAGUACCAUGUUAAGAUCAGCAAGUCCAGGGGUAACUCCAAAUAUCCUACGAAUGUUUAAAAAUUCCAAUUACAGAAUAUAUUAUUUAUUGAAUAUAAAGCACUGUCUGUAAUAAGCUCAUAAACUAGGCCUAUAUUUUAUUGGGUACCCCUAAAAAACAUCAGAUUGUACAAAGCUAAAACGUAAACAAUAAGAAAGCCAAACUGAAUAGAGAAUUAGGAUUGCCCAUAAAGAGAAAAUGCUGACGUAUACUGUAAUGAUAGUGUGUAUUAUUUUUCUGUGUUGACCAUAACAUUGUAGUGAAUUAAAAUA